AUGAAUUAUUUCCCGGAGGAGGUGAUAGAGCACAUUUUCGACUCCAUAGCUUGUCACAAAGAUAGGAACUCGAUAUCUCUGGUGAGCAAAUCGUGGCACAAGAUCGAGCGGUGCAGCAGGCGGAGUGUGUUCAUCGGAAACUGCUACGCGAUCAACCCGGAGAGGCUAAUCGGGAGGUUUCCCUCUCUCAAAUCCCUAACUCUCAAAGGCAAGCCUCAUUUCGCCGACUUCAAUUUGGUUCCUCACGAAUGGGGAGGUUUCGUCCACCCUUGGAUCGAUGCUUUAGCCAAGGCCCGCGUGGGGCUCGAGGAGCUGAGAUUGAAGCGGAUGGUUGUCUCCGACGAAAGCCUUGAGCUGCUUUCACGCUCCUUUCCAAAUUUCAAAUCCUUGGUCCUUGUCAGCUGCGAAGGCUUCACCACCGACGGCUUAGCCUCCAUUGCCGCCAAUUGCAGGCAUCUUCGUGAGCUGGAUCUGCAAGAGAACGAGAUCGAUGAUCACAGAGGGCAAUGGCUAAACUGUUUCCCAGACACGUGCACGACUCUCACCUCGUUGAAUUUCGCGUGUCUCAAAGGAGAAACCAACCUGGCUGCUCUAGAGAGGCUCGUGGCGAGGUCGCCGAACCUCAAGAGCUUGAAGGUGAACCGAGCUGUGCCGCUCGACGCGCUCACGAGGUUGAUGACUUGUGCACCGCAGCUAGUGGACUUGGGAGUCGGGUCUUACGAGAACGAGCCGGAUCCAGAAGCUUUUGCGAAACUCAUGGCUGCUAUAGAAAAAUGCACAUUGUUAAGGAGCUUGUCUGGCUUUUCAGAGGUCGCUCCACGUUGCCUCCCAGCGUUUUACCCGAUUUGCCAGAACCUUAUCUCCUUGAAUCUUAGCUAUGCAGCUGAGAUCCAAGGCAACCACCUCAUCAAAUAUAUUCAGUUUUGCAAGAGACUUCAACGGUUAUGGAUAUUGGAUAGUAUUGGCGACGAAGGACUUGAGAUCGUGGCUUCUUCAUGUAAAGAGUUACAAGAGCUGAGGGUUUUCCCCUCUGAGUUACACGGUGAAGAAGACAACAACGCAGCUGUGACUGAGGUGGGGCUAGUCGCGAUCUCCGCGGGCUGUCCCAAACUUCAUUCGAUUCUCUACUUCUGCAAACAAAUGACAAACGCAGCGCUCAUAACCGUUGCUAAAAACUGCCCGAACUUCAUCAGGUUCAGGCUGUGCAUCCUAGAGCCGAACAAACCUGACCACGUCACAUCUCAAUCGCUAGACGAAGGCUUUGGUGCGAUCGUACAAGCCUGCAAGGGACUAAGACGACUCUCUGUCUCUGGUCUGUUAACUGACCAAGUCUUCAUCUACAUCGGUAUGUACGCGGAGCAGCUCGAGAUGCUUUCGAUAGCGUUUGCAGGGGACACUGACAAAGGGAUGUUGUGUGUGUUGAACGGAUGCAAAAAGCUGAGGAAGCUGGAGAUUAGAGACAGUCCGUUUGGGAACGCGGCGCUUCUUGCUGACGUGGACAAGUACGAGACAAUGCGAUCCCUUUGGAUGUCGUCUUGUGAAGUAACGCUCGGUGGCUGCAAGAGGCUCGCGAGGAAUGCUCCGUGGCUCAACGUGGAGAUCAUCAACGAGAAUGAGAAUAGUCGGGUGGAGCGGAAUGAAGAAGACGAGAGAGAGAAGGUUGAUAGGCUUUACCUUUACCGAACAGUGGUUGGGACUAGAAAAGACGCACCACCUUGUGUUAGGAUUCUUUAG